CAUACAUGUACUCACAUCUCCCCACUUUCCAUCUUGCCACACUAUCACCUUUUCGCACCUCUUUCUCUCUCUAGCGGCGGAGCUAUGGGUUUUCCGGUGGGUUACACGGAGCUUCUCCUUCCGGGAUUCUUCCUUCACGCGCUCUCUUUCUUGGGUUUGAUCCGAAAAUUAAUUUCCACCGUUUUCCGGGUUAUGGGUCUACACGAUUUCCUCGAACCCAACAUUUCAUGGCCCGACCCGCCUCCGUUCUCCUCCUCAUCCUCCGCCACGUGUCUACCGGAAUCAUGCUUAUUUCCGGAGGCAAAGCUAGCCGGUGAGAUCUUACCGGUGGUCAGAUUCUCGAACCUGAACCGACCCAGCUCCGGGUCCGAAAGCUGCGCCGUUUGCCUGUACGAGUUCGAGGACGAAGACGAGAUCCGACGGCUCACAAAUUGCCGACAUAUAUUCCACCGGAGCUGUCUGGACCGUUGGAUGAUGGGUUACAAUCAGAUGACGUGUCCACUUUGUCGUACGCAAUUCAUUCCUGAUGAUCUUCAAGAGGCUUUCAACCAGAGGAUUUGGUCUGAAUCAGGAGUUUCUGAUCAACUCCUCGGCGAGUCUUAUUAGACCUUUUUCUUUUCCUUUUUUUUUUUGUUUUUUUUAUGAUUUAAUUCCGAAAAAUGGGAACAUAUUUUCAUUUUCUUCAUUUUUUAGAUAUUUUUCUUGAGAGUUUCUUUCGAGUUUGGUUCCUGGAUGAAUGUAAAUAUAUAACAUUAGUUGGCAGCUUAAAAAAAGAAAAAGAACAAAAGGUAAGAUCCAUCCAUUGGGGGAAAAAAAUUAAAUAAAAAUUUGGAGUUUGAUCGUCUUG